UCUUCGGUUCGAUUUCUCUGGGUUGUGAAGCCGGAAGCGACAGGUCAAACAAACAUGACAAGUUUCUUGAGCAGUUAGUGGAAUAAAGCUCUCUCUUGCUAAAUGUUUCAGUGAGUUAUGGUCAUGGCAGUGGGUCUCCUAAGUGACUGGAUGUAGGAACAUGCCGCUCCAUGUCUCUGAUCUUUAUUAGUGAGCUCCCACGUGAGUACUUGGGGGAGAAGAGGAGCCGGGGCAGGACAGACAUGCUGCUUUUGUAACAUAGGGCUAGGUUAGCUAAAGAAGCGUAACCAGAGACUGCUGCUCUCCAUCCGAUUUUGUGUGUUUUCUGUUUUUGCUUUUCUAUUUUUGCUGCUCAUGGAAUGUGGCAUAAUGUUAAAAAGGUAUUGUUGUAAAAUUUUUUCUCUUUUUUGUAACUCACACUCCACUAAAAGCUCAUGCCAUGUGACUGGCUCCUCUCUCACUCCUGCUGUCAGUGCUUCUGUACUAGGGUUGCAACGAUUAAUCCAUAUAAUCUAAUAUAAUAAUAGUCAGCAAUGUUGAUUAUUUUAAUCUCUCGACUACAAGUUUCAUGGUCGACUAAUCGUUAUUUGUAACAGUACCGCAUUACACAAAGUGCUGGGGACAGAAGUGCAAUGGGAGAUGGGUAAAUGGCUCACUCACACAGGUUACAUUCAACUUAGUCUGCCUCUUCAAAAGUGCCCAAACACAACAGAUUCAAUAUUUACUCACUAAAUAAUCAGUACUUUCCAUGUUUAAACAAUAUGUAGACAUUUAAAUGUCUUUUAAAUCUCAAUCCGCUGUUGCUGUUGUUUUUAGAGGUGGAGGACGUGGCAGAAAUAUUCAUUGACUAACUGAAUAAAUAAUCAGCAGAUUGUUUGACUACAAAAAUAGUCAUUAUUUGCAGCCCUGUUCUGUACCAUAUGUAAUGAUGAAGGUUACUGCCAACAUUAUUACUAAACAGCCUUUUUGUUUCCUGUCUUUUAAACCUAGAUGCCCCUAGAGCCCCUGUGAUUCCUGCAGCACAUUCUAUAUUACUGAAUAAGCGGCAAUAAUUGGGGUAGGCUCUUUUUUUUUUAACCUACCCCUUCCUUCCUCAGUCAUGUUCAGGCUCCGUGCACUGUACCCUUCCCGUCUCAGGGUAUUUUACAGUGGGGCAGUAGGCAAAGACGAGCUUGUGACAGAGCUCCUAAACUGCACAGGAGAGGACCAUGUCUUCAGUCUGGUGAGCAAGAACAAGGCAGAGUACACUGUUUACCAUGUGAGUUGUGCCAUGCGGAUGCUUUGGAAGUUUCAAAAGGAGAAAACUGACAAGCAGCGAAAAUUUGACCAGAUCAAAAGCCGCCCAGAGUUCCUGACACUUCGGUUCUUGGCUGAGAACAAGACCAGUCUGAUGUCUGAUGGCAGCUUGUUGGAAAUACUUUACUCUGUGCUCAGGCUGGAAGUAGAACAUCAUGACUCUCUUGUGCAACAGUUGACGACGGAAGGCUGGAAUAGAUUAGAAAGCUUUUCGAUGCCAAGGCUGGCAAGGUUUUCUGAACGGUUAAGUGAGCAGGGUCUUGACAACAGUCCACUGAUGGGUCAGAUUGCUGAAAUUGUGAACCAGAAACUGGAUUCAAUCGAAGAGAUCAAUGUGCUGACCACCCUCAUGAUCUGUAUAUCCAACUUGGCGUCUCCUCGGUUAUGUGAUGCACUCAUUGAGAAAGCUGAUGUUCUUCUGGACACCAUGGAUCCUGUCUAUUACAACAGCCUCAUACAGAUAUUGCGUUUCCUCCGAUCACUCCACUACGUUCAUCACCCUUUAGUGGAAAAGUGCAACCAUAUGCUUCUACAGAAUGUCCCACAUAUGGAAGCUGGGGACAUUAGUAAUUUGUUUGCACAAUUGGGAAAGUCAAGAAACUACAGGCACAGUGACUUUAUGCUGGCUGCCAAGCAAAGGCUGAUAGAACUGAUGGAAACUAGCAAUGUGUCUUUUAUAGGUCUCACAGUUUAUUGGGGGCCUUCAAUAGAACAAGCAACUAGAGAGAAGCUGGAAAGGACAGCACUGUUAAUAGCUGAUGAGCUAAAUUGUCAACAGGCACUUGUCGUUGUCGACACACUGUGCAAUAUUCAAAGCUGGAACUUUCAACUAAUUGACAAGUAUGCAUCAAUAAUACAGAAGAAUCUGGAUGUGUUUCCGACUUUUCAGAUUGUGAAAUUAACCCAACAGCUAAUGUCUCUGCACUAUGAGAACCCAGAGCUUAUCUCCAGGCUGAAAAAUAGACUACUUUUUUCCUUGCAGCAUAGUGUGAGUCCUAAAGAAGUGAGCAUACUGACCCACACCCUCUCCAUGCUCCCCUCUCCUUGUAUGGACGAGGUGGCCAUCUCUCGCAUUGAUGCAAUGCUGCAUCAAUGUAGCCUUAGUAACCUCCAUGCAUUUACCUUGUCCAUCGGCAAAUGGAUCCGCAGUGACCCCACCUACUGCUAUAACACUCCCAGCAAGUUCGUCCGUCUGCUUCAAACUCUGAACCGCUGUGGACGUGAGCGACUGCAAAAGACAGACCAACUAGACCUAAUGCUGCAGGAGAUUAGGUCCAUUUCAGGGAAGUGGUUUGAGGAGACCUUGCUUGAAGACACGAUUGCAAUGAUUCAGAGAUUGAUAAACCAGGUCUCCCAGAGCAACUUGCCAGAGCUAGCACAUUUCCUGGCAAGGAGGAACAUCCGCUGUACGCCAGUGCUCGACCGCAUUGCCAGUGUGGCUCUAGAGAACAUUCAUAAGAUUCAUUACCUUGCUUUCGAACAAAUCCUUUCCCCUUUUGCUUUUCUAAAUUACUACUCCCCCACGGUGGACGAGUUAUUCGAUGUUUGCAUUCAGCGUUUCACUCCUCAUAUCAGUUCUAUUGACUGUUUCAUGCUCGUCAAUAUGGCUCACACAUUGGCUGUGGCUAACAGCUUCCCAGAGGAAGUCAUCAGAGAGAUUUUCAGUGUGGAUUUCCUGGCUAAGCUGGAAUCUAAGCUCAAGUCUCAGUCAGAUUUUUUUAACAAGAUUUUUGGUAUGAAGCUGAUGGUGCUCAACCGUGCGGUGUGUCUAGAGUGUCCUCAGUAUCAAGUGCCCUGGAUUCACGAGCGCUUCUGCAAGCAGCUUCAGAAGGAAGACAGCUUUUUGGCCAGUCCAAUACAGAAGCAGAUCCAUAAGAUGAUGGGUGAAGUGCUUGGGGGCAUGAACUAUGUCAGAGAAGCAGUGUUGACCCCGUACUUCUAUACUGUUGAUUUUGAGUGUGUCCUGGAUUACCGAAAUCAGGCCGUGCCCUACAGUAAGCUGAGCCAGCUGCAGAUGACUAAAAACAGGAACGUGCACUGGGAUUCUGGGUCCGCUGACGAGGAGAGAAAGGAACUACUGCCAGGCUCUCGUCGGAUUGCAAUAGACUUCUUGGAUUCAGAAUCCUACUGCAACCGUUCACACCACGUGAAGGGGGAAGUCCUGAUGAGGAAAAGGCACUUGGAGAUUUUAGGAUAUCAGGUUAUACAAAUUCCCCACUUUGAAUGGAAUUCCAUGGAGCUCUCCAAUAACGACGAUUGGAAGGAAUAUUUGAGAAAGAAGUUAUUUACAGAACAAGCCUGAGACACUUGAUAGAUGGACUUUUUCUGGGUAUCUUUUCUGGGUAUCAGCAGGCUAAUAGGGAGAGUGACCAGAAUGGACUGCGUAUUUAAGGACCCCUUCAUUUUUUUUUUUUAUUCAUAUUUUUUAAAUUUAAAUACAUUGCAAUAUCAUACAGAUCCCUGACACUUUUCAUGAGUUUUGUACAUUUGUAAUAUGUCAAAUUAUAUUUGUAAUAAAAAACAUAACCAAC